AUGUUGAUAACUUAACCUUAAAAGUUAGGCAAAGUUUAUUGGCGCAACAUUGCUACGGUCAACAGUCGCUAGCACGGACCGGCUUCGCCUCAUCAACUUGUCACCAACAGUACAUAUACUAUACCCUGCAAGUGUUUAAUAAAAAGCAGUCGUACUGCAGCAGUUAACGACGGAAAGCCGGCCAAGUCGGCCGGUAGUAAGCAGCAUCAGUAGGCGCAAGAAGAUGAAGAGCACGCCACAUUCCAGCAAGAAGAGUAAGAAGGGUAAACGCAACAACCGGAGCAAGCUUGCUGCAGCUUCCGUUGAUGUGCAAAGCCACAUUGGUGGUGGUUCUUCCAUUUAUGCUGGCAUUGAUUCUGCUCCAGUUCAACAGGAAUCUAACAAGUACUCACUGGUGAAACCACUGCUGCCAGGAGAUGGAAACAAACCAUACAAAGUUGUCUUUGCAGAUGGUUUGCCUAUAGUCUCACAAGAUGAGCAUAAUGGAGAUGAUAAAAAUUUAUCAAAUAAGAAUAGUGGAACAGUCACUCAGGAUCGAGAAAAAGAAGACAAGGCAAUUUUAAGCAACUUACCUGUAGCAGUAGCUAAAGAAUUAGAAGGUUAUGAAAAUCAAAUUGGUGAAGCUGAGCCACUUCCAAAUUCUUAUGUUAGGUUUAUGGAACGUAGUGGAGAGGAAUUGGACGGUGAGAUUGAGUACGAUCUCGACGAAGAAGACUCAGCAUGGCUAUCUAUUGUAAAUGAACGAAGAGCCGCCUCGGGACUCGUCCCGAAUCUGGAGCCAGACACUUUUGAACUGCUGAUGGAUCGUCUGGAGAAAGAAUCCUACUUUCAGCAGCAGGUCAAUGGUGGUAGUGCAGCGGGCGUGGUAACGGCUGCUGACGAGGAUGCAGUUUGCUGCAUCUGCAUGGAUGGAGAGUGCCAGAAUAGCAACGCGAUUCUGUUUUGCGAUAUGUGUAAUCUGGCAGUACAUCAAGACUGUUACGGAGUUCCUUACAUUCCCGAGGGACAGUGGUUAUGCAGGAGGUGUCUUCAGAGUCCGUCUCGAGCGGUGGAUUGUGCUCUUUGUCCCAAUCGAGGUGGUGCAUUCAAAGAAACCGAUCGGCCGGCAACGUGGGCGCACGUGGUCUGUGCGUUGUGGAUCCCAGAGGUGCGUUUCGCUAACACGGUUUUUCUAGAGCCGAUCGACAGCAUCGAGAGCAUACCUGCUGCGCGCUGGCGGCUGACGUGCUGCGUGUGUAAACGCCGCGGCGUCGGCGCCUGCAUCCAAUGUCACAAGAGCAAUUGUUAUGCGGCUUUUCACGUGACGUGCGCUCAGCAGGCCGGGCUAUGUAUGCGCAUGCGGACCGUCCAGCCAGCUAACGGCGAGCCGAUGCUCGUCCAGAAAACAGCCUAUUGUGAGACCCACGCACCGGCCGAUUAUCAGCCGAGCACCAAUCCAGCAGAUGCUCGAAGAAGAGCCAUCGCUAACAAGAAGAGCUCCAGCGCUCCAGUAAUCUCCAUACCCACCAUUCCACCGGAGCGCAUUCGCGAGAUCGCCAAUCUAGCGGACGGCUUGCCAAAGAAAAAUCAGCUGAUACAACGGCUGAUAGCGUAUUGGACGCUGAAGCGCCAGUAUCGCAACGGAGUGCCACUGUUGAGGCGCUUGCAGAGUUCGCAUCCUCAUCCUAGAGCUCCCCCGUCGCUAACCGAUUCCUCUUGCUCGCCAACGCCCGAUGGCGAGGUACGCGACGAGAUGUACAAACAGCUUAAAUACUGGCAGUGUCUCAGGCAGGACCUCGAGAGGGCUAGGUUGCUAUGCGAGCUGGUCAGAAAGCGCGAGAAAUUAAAGAAGCAACUGUUUAGAGUAAAAGAAAAGUGCAUGUGGUUCGAGCUGAGGCCGCUCGAAAGUGUGCUAAGAAUAUUGCUAGAAUCGCUCAAGAUGCGAGAUCCAAACGAUAUUUUCGGGCAACCGGUGAAUAUUGAAGAAGUACCAGAUUAUUUGGACAUUGUUACGCACCCGAUGGAUCUCUCGACUAUGGAGGCAAAAAUCGACAGACAGCAGUACAACACAAUAGUUGAGUUUGAAGCUGACUUCAAUCUCAUGGUUAACAAUUGCUUGGCAUAUAAUCGCAAAGACACCAUGUUUUAUCGCGCUGGUCUAAAGAUGCGCGAGCAAGGCGGUUGUGUUAUAGAACAAGUGCGCAAAGAUUAUCCCGAUCUCACAUUGGCCUAUACCCUCGAAGAUAUUAGCGAGCCGAUUGAGGCGCAUACUCGGGAACAGCAACAGCAGCAACCACAACCACAGCAACAGCAGCAGCAGCAGCAACAGCAGCAACAACAGCAGCAGCAGCAACAACAACAACAACAACAACAACAACAACAACAACAACAACAACAACAACACCAACAACAACAACAACAACAACAACAACAACAACAACUAGUAGUUGGUGGAGCUUCGAAAGGUAGAAAACGCGAUCGUAGUUCGAGAGUGCGGAAUGACUCGGAAUCGCGACCCAGCGGUGACAAAGAUAUAUCCUCGACCAGCAUGCAAAGUGGCAGUCCAGGUGACAAUAGUACUGCAAAUACCAGCGGCGGGAGUACAGGUACUGGUACUGCAGUUGGUGGUGGCGUGAAUCGCAGAACGGCCGUGCUAUUUACGCGCAAAGCCAAAGCUCGCGCGAGUCGCGGUCAGGUACAUCGAUCAAGUCCCGAGAAUGAGCAAAAAAAAGAAAGCGACAGUUUUAGAGUAUACAGAACCGGAGGUACGGACAGCGAUGUUGGUGAACGUGAGAGUCAAUCGUCCAGCUGUAGUAGUUGUUCGACCAGCCGAUCGACAAGCCCCGAGCGCGAUGACGGUGCAGCGAACGAGUCACAAGACUUAUCCGCGCACCGACCAAAAGUCAUUAAAAACAGCGAUGGCAGCAACUAUGACGCUGUAGUUGCUGCUGGAGAGAUGAGCGAUAAGAUGGAAAUCGAUAAUGAUGGAGGAUUAUCGGCACUGCAGCUCGUCUGGGCCAAAUGCAGAGGCUACCCGUGGUACCCGGCUCUCAUCAUAGAUCCAAAUACACCGAAAGGCACCGUUUACAAAGGUGUACCAAUACCAUCUCCGCCCGAAGACGUGCUCGCUUUGAGAAAUAAUCACAAGGAACGGGUUUACCUUGUAUUGUUCUUCGAUACUAAAAGGACCUGGCAAUGGUUACCAGGAGAAAAGCUCGAAUCUCUUGGCGUAUCUCAAGAGCUGGACGAUGGCAAAUUGAUUGAGUCUCGAAAACCCACGGACAGAAAAGCGGUAAAGAAAGCAUAUCAAGACGCAUUGCUCUACCAAAAACAAACGCGCAACUCGUCGUCGUCACUCGACGCAUCACCGACGAGCGAUUGAUGGUGAAGUUGACAAUUUUAUCAGCUAGCAAUAAUUUGCUUGUACAAAAAAUUAGAUUCAUUACUUUGUAGGCUCAUUAAUUUAUUAUUAAGUCCACAUUGCAUAAAAGAAUAUGCGUUUAUUUGAGGAGGAAAAGAACACUUUCUGACUUGGAGUUUUUAGU